AUGUCCAAAAAACUUUGUCCCGUUGAUUUCGGGCAAUCCGAAGACAAUUCAAUUUGUACAACGAACAACAAAAGAAAGAAACUGAGUUUAUCGAAGGAGCUGUUAAGAGAAUCCACGCAAUUUAAACGUAUGCUCAUCACACAGAAGGAAAAUUACGAAAUCAGUUUUCUCGAUCCCGCCAAUGGCGAACAGCUGAAACUCAUGUGCACCGACACGUUGUGCACCGGGCGCGUAUUGCACGCGGGUGUUCAGACGCUGCAGUCGGCGAUCGACCGAGAACGGUCGCACAGACGGGAAUACGUGGACGGCCUGAUGCGUUACAUGCGUGAGCUGAACAAGCUGGACGAGGCCAAGGAGGUGCUGCUGGAAGGCCUUGAGCGGAUGCGGGCCAGCGUGGACGGCACCGUGGACGCUCUCCGGGUGGACGUGGAACGAGCCCAUCGCCAGUACGAGGAACGCAAGAAGCGGUUCUUCCGGUUCACCGGCGGCGCGGAAGCAUCCGAAACGCAAGAGAUGACCGCCACCGGCCGCGGGUUCCGGUCACUGUGCUUGGACGCGGCUGCCGGCGACGUCUCGCUAUCCGCAGCCGCCUGCUGGUCCUGCGACAUCGAAGCCGAUGACGACGGUGGCUGGCUGGACGACAUCGACGCCGACGACGACGCCGAUGCCGCCAUAACAAUCUUCCGGCGGCUCCGUCGGGACGCCGAGGCUCGCAGUGGCGACAGCUGUCGGUUGCGGAUUGACGAACUGCUGACGCUCUGGCGGGCCAUCAAGUCCGUCACCGAGUAUAACCGGACGCUUGAGACGGCUGUGUGCGAGCUCGAGGAACAGACGGAUUCGCUGCAGACCAGCCUGUGCUGCACGACGGCCGUGUGCACGGCGCUGGACGCGGAUCAGUCGGACAAGAAGUGCAGGGCGGUCGUGCUGGACGACUUUUGUGCAGUCACCGAACAGAUCACGGCGCAGCAGAUCAGGAACUUGGAGUUCGGCCGCAUGCUGGCCGUCGACGAACAGCAGAUCGGCGAGGAACUUCAAAAGAUCGGACAGCUGAAGGCCAAGGUUGCCAGGAAAAAGGAGAAAAAGCAAAAGCUUCUCGAGCAAACAGACAGUGUGAAAAGUCAACUGGAAGUGUACAAAAGUCGUUAUGAAGAACUAAACAGGAAAAGAGCUCUUCUUGACGACAAUCUAAACAUGACGAAACGUUCACCUAGCAAAUUAGCGAAUCAAUCCGAGCAACAAGGUUUUGGACAAAGAGUGAAACAUUUGGAACAACUCAAAAACCAAUACAACAAACUGGCUAAUACAAGAGAUGCAUUAAAACUGAAAAUUCAAAGUCAACAACAGGUGGUCAAGACACCUCGUCGGAUAAAUACGUUUUGCAAUACUUAG